AUGGGCAGCAGUGUCAGCCCUGGGCAAUACCCCCAACCCACCAUCUCGGUGAGCCCCAGCAGGAUUGUGGCGCUGGGGGGAAGCGUCACCAUCCGCUGUGGGGGUUGGUACCCAGGCACGGAGUUCUUUCUGCGUAAAGCUGGACACCCGAACCCGCAGGCGCAGUCGGUGCCUUAUGGGACCAUGCCUGAAUUUCCCAUCGCCAGUGUCAGCCGGGAAGAUGGAGGGAAUUACACCUGCGAAUAUCAACCCAUAACGGCACAGAAUCGCUGGUCAUAUCCCAGCAACCCCAUCGAGAUCAUUGUAGGAGAGCCCAGCUACCCCAAACCCAGCAUCUCCCUGAGACCCAGCGGGGGGGUCUCCCUCGGGGGAGCUGUGACCGUCCGGUGUCAGGGGCAGCGCCGGGGCGUGCGGUUCGUGCUGAAUAAAGAGCGACGCCAUUUCCCACCUGUGGAUUCGGACGGGUUUGAGGCUGAGUUUCCCAUCAGCAACGUGCGCCGGGAGGACGGCGGGAGCUACAGCUGCUCCUAUCACAGCAGAUCGGAGCCGUUCGCCGUGUCGUACCCCAGCGACCCCGUGGAGCUGGUGGUGAGAGCAGCCCCCCCGGGGUGCCCGGAUUUCACCCACGCCAACAUCGCCCGCCUGGGGCUGGGUGCCGUGGUCCUGCUCGUCCUGGGGCUGAUCCUGGCUGAGGUCUAUUUCAGCCGCCCGAGGGGGGCGCCCUAGGUGAGGUGACGCCUUUGUCGCUCGCCUCUGGAUCCUUUUCCAGUUUCUCCACAUCCUUUCUACACAGCGGUGACCAGAACUGGACACAGCACUCCCGGCCUGCCCAGCGCCGAGCAGAGCGGUACUCUCACCGCCCGUGACUUGCACGCUGCACCUCUCUUAAUGCAGCCGAACAUUGCAUUUGCUUUUGUUUUGCAACAACAUCGCGUUGCUGACUCAUGUUGAGGGUGUGAUGAUCCACCACAGCUCCCAGA